UAAAGCUCUUGUUGCGAUCUACCGAUCACUGGCUUUCCGAAUCUCUUUCCGUUUGUGUGUGAGCACAUAACACAAUACGCAAUAAUUCUUUUCUCAUUGUUAGAUAUCUGAAUAAGUGAUCCACAUAAUGAGGGCUAUAUUAGUAUUCAUCGGUUUGCUGUGUGCAUUAAUAUUACCACUUUCUGAAGGUAAUACCAGGCAUAUCAAUUUGAAAAGCGAUCGAGAGUUUCGUCAAAGCACGAAUUCUACAUCUGUUCCUUUGGAUCCACCUGAGUACGGAUACAAUAAUUCGUCGGUACACAGAAUCGUUGGUGGCAGAUACGCAAAGCUAGGUGAAUUUCCUUGGGCGGUCCUAAUUGGACGAAUAGUGGGAAAUUCUAUAUACGGGACAUGCGGUGGUUCUCUUAUUGGCAAUCGAUUUGUGCUGACCGCUGCUCAUUGCAAAGGAUCAAAUAUGGCAGUGCUCGUUGCCGACUUGGAUAUUAACGAUAAUAACGAUGGAGCGACUCCGUAUCUGUCUAAGGUCCAAUGGAUACGUAUACAUCCCAAUUACAUCGCGGAGCGUUAUGAGAAUGAUAUAGCGGUUAUAAAAACGGUUGACUACAUAACUUAUACGCAAUAUCGUUCUGCUAUUCGUCUUCCGGACGCUACUAUGAAAAAUCAAAAUUUAGAUGGAAGGAGGGUUUUCGUCUGUGGAUGGGGGGAUACUGAAUACCAGGGACAACCAAGCAGUAUACUCAAAGUGGUAAACGUUAAUGUAAUUAAUCUGGCAACAUGCGCAAAUGCUUACAAGAAUUAUCCAGCGACUAUUGACAAUCGCGUUUUUUGCGCAGGAGUUAUGGAAGGUGGAAAAGAUUCAUGUCAAGGUGACAGUGGUGGACCAUUGAUGAUUCAGGAGUCAGGAAAAAAGCCAUACAUUAUUGGGGUGGUAUCAAACGGCUAUAGGUGCGCUGAGCCAGGUUUCCCAGGCAUAUAUACGAAAGUUGCGUCUUUCUUAGAUUUUAUCUACAACACAAUGGCACAGUAAAUACUGGAACUUCCAAAAUAAAUCUCCAAGGUGUUGGCAACCAGCAGGACCUAGGCGAAAACUUAUCUAUAAAGUUUAUCACAAAAGUAUAUCUAUAAAGAAAAUUAUCAUGAGAAGAAAUGAAUUAAUAUUUAAUUUCUUAUAAUAUUAUUAAUAAACCUCAAGGGAAUCCUAAAAUUGUACUUUCUUGUUAAUAUUAUCAAUUAUUCUAUUAAUAAAGCAUAUUAA